CGCACCUCCCCCCGAAGGUGGCCGUGCGGGUGGGGAGAGCGCUCUUGUCCUUGGGCGGCAGAGCAGGGGAGGCCGACGCCCGGAGAGGUGCAGCGCUGGCCCAGGGCCCUCCGGCGCGGGAGUGCGGAGGCUGGAGAACCCGGGACCGUCUGAUGCUAGAGUCAGGAGCUCUGGUCCCACGCGCCGGGCGGGUGGCCAGCAGCCGCGGUGACCCGGCCAAGGUUUGAGGAAUUCCAGCCUGAGUCCUGGGAGCUGCAGGAAGGAGAUGUGGGUGCUGCUGGCCCUGCUGGGGGUCCUGCUGGGGGCACCUGGGGCUCCAGCCUUGUCCCCUGAGGCUUCUGAGGAAGUGGAGCUGGAACCCUGCCCGGCCCCCAGCCUGGAACAGCCCGAGCAGGACCUGACCGUGGCCCUUGGGCAGCCCGUGCGGCUGUGCUGCAGGCGGGCUGAGCGGGGCGGCCACUGGUACAAGGAGGGCAGUCGCUUAGCACCUGCCGGCCGGGUGCGGGGCUGGAGGGGCCGCCUGGAGAUUGCCAGCUUCCUGCCCGAGGAUGCCGGCCGCUACCUCUGCCUGGCUCGAGGCUCCAUGACAGUCCUGCACAAUCUCACCUUGGCUGUGGAUGACUCCUCGGUCUCCAGUGACGAUCCUGAGGACCCCAAGGCCCAUAGGGGCUCCCCGAACAGGCACAGUUACCCUCAGCAAGCUCCAUACUGGACACACCCCCAGCGCAUGGAGAAGAAACUGCACGCAGUGCCUGCCGGGAACACCAUCAAGUUCCGCUGCCCAGCCGCAGGCGACCCCAUGCCCACCAUCCGCUGGCUCAAAGACGGACAGGCCUUCCACGGGGAGAACCGCAUUGGAGGGAUUCGGCUGCGCCACCAACACUGGAGCCUGGUGAUGGAAAGCGUGGUGCCCUCAGACCGGGGCACAUACACCUGCCUGGUGGAGAACCCUCUGGGCAGCAUCCGCUACAGCUACCUGCUGGAUGUGCUGGAGCGGUCCCCGCACCGGCCCAUCCUGCAGGCGGGGCUGCCGGCCAACACCACGGCUGUGGCGGGCAGUGACGUGGAGCUGCUGUGCAAGGUGUACAGUGACGCCCAGCCCCACAUCCAGUGGCUGAAGCACAUCGUCAUCAACGGCAGCAGCUUUGGCGCCGACGGCUUCCCCUACGUGCAAGUGCUGAAGACCGCAGACAUCAACAGCUCCGAAGUGGAAGUCCUGUACCUGCGAAACGUGUCGGCUGAGGAUUCGGGCGAGUACACCUGCCUGGCCGGCAACUCCAUCGGUCUCUCCUACCAGUCGGCCUGGCUCACCGUGCUGCCAGAGGAGGACCUCACGUGGACAGCAGCCUCGCCCGAGGCCAGGUACACAGACAUCAUCCUGUACGCCUCUGGCUCUCUGGCUCUGGCUGUGCUCCUGCUGCUGGCCGGGCUGUACCGCGGGCAGGUGCUCCAUGGCCGGCGUGCUCGGCAGCCCGCCACGGUGCAGAAGUUGUCUCGUUUCCCUCUGGCCCGACAGUUCUCUCUGGAGUCAGGCUCCUCAGGCAAGUCCAGUUCGUCCCUGGUGCGAGGCGUCCGACUCUCCUCCAGCGGCCCCCCCUUGCUCGCUGGCCUCGUGAGUCUAGACCUCCCUCUGGACCCACUGUGGGAGUUCCCCCGGGACAGGUUGGUGCUUGGGAAGCCGCUGGGAGAGGGCUGCUUCGGGCAGGUGGUGCGUGCAGAGGCCUUCGGCAUGGACCCUGCCCGCCCUGACCAAGCCAGCACGGUGGCCGUCAAGAUGCUCAAGGACAAUGCCUCAGACAAGGACCUGGCCGACCUGGUGUCUGAGAUGGAGGUGAUGAAGCUGAUAGGCCAGCACAAGAACAUCAUCAACCUGCUAGGCGUCUGCACCCAGGAAGGGCCCCUGUACGUGAUUGUGGAGUGUGCGGCCAAGGGGAACUUGCGGGAGUUCCUGCGAGCCCGGCGGCCCCCGGGCCCCGACCUCAGCCCUGAAGGACCGAGGAGCAGCGAGGGGCCACUGUCCUUCCCGGCCCUGGUCUCCUGUGCCUACCAGGUGGCGCGCGGCAUGCAGUACCUGGAGUCACAGAAGUGCAUCCACCGGGACCUGGCUGCCCGGAACGUGCUGGUGACCGAGGACAACGUGAUGAAAAUCGCCGACUUCGGGCUGGCCCGAGGCAUCCACCACAUUGACUACUACAAGAAAACCAGCAAUGGCCGCCUGCCUGUCAAGUGGAUGGCCCCCGAGGCCUUGUUUGACCGAGUGUACACACACCAGAGUGAUGUGUGGUCAUUUGGGAUCCUGCUCUGGGAGAUCUUCACCCUUGGGGGCUCCCCGUAUCCCGGCAUCCCCGUGGAGGAACUGUUCUCGCUGCUGCGGGAGGGCCACCGGAUGGACCGGCCCCCGCACUGCCCCCCAGAGCUGUACGGGCUGAUGCGCGAGUGCUGGCACGCGGCGCCUUCCCAGAGACCCACCUUCAAGCAGCUGGUAGAAGCACUGGACAAGGUGCUGCUGGCGGUCUCUGAGGAGUACCUCGACCUCCGCCUGACCUUCGGACCCUACUCCCCCUCUGGAGGAGACACCAGCAGCACCUGCUCCUCCAAUGACUCUGUCUUCAGCCAUGACCCCCUGCCAUUGGGGCCCAGCCCCUUCCCCUUCCCUGGGGUACAGACGUGAGCAGGGGCCUCCUGGCUCAGCCACAACCUAAGCACUGUUUGACCUUGGCAGUCCUGGGGCCCUGACCUUGGGGUGCCAUUCCAGAUCUCUGGCUCCACUCUGGGGAGGUCGGUCCUUAGCCCGGGGGUCCAGUUGAGGCUUCCCGCUCUGGCCCCGGGUUCCCAGCCCGGAGUUCAGCCCUGGGCGUGAGGCCCUGCCCUUGGGGCUCGGCUGCCAAUGUCCCAGUAGCCUGAGUGUUGGCGUCCUGCUUAGGGGUUUGGCUGGGCCUGCCUCCAGACUGCUUUUCUGAACCUGCUUCCCAACAGCAACAGAGGUUUGGAGAUCAGAACCCUAUGUCCCCAAGCGCCCCCACCCCGAUCUUCCCAGCUCUCGGUGGAAGGAGCAUUGACCCCUGUGCCCUGGGAGGCUGGGAGCCGAAAGCACAGACACAAAUGGCCUUUUUAUAAAUUAUUGUUUU